CAUGUGGAGCGAUCCUGUGGUUAUAUUGCACAUUCGACUCGAAUACACGCUCUGCAUACAUUAUCGGAUUGGGACAAUGACUGAAGAACUGAUGGCGAAACGACCGUUCGACUUCCCGGCCGAAGUCCUGCGUGACAUUUUCGAGCUCGCGGCUCAGCACGAUCGUAGUACGGCCCUGUCCUUGACGCUCGUCUCCAGCUGGGUACGCCAAUGGGCCGACCCAAUCAUCUACCACACCGUUGUCCUCGAAACCAACCACGCUCUCGAGAGCUUCAUGACAGCUAUCUCACGCAAGUCCACCCGGUUCGUGGAGACACAGGUCAAGCACCUUGGCAUCUUCGCCAUGGGCCCAAUACAGUACAUUGACAAAGUGAUCUCCGCCUGCUCCGGCGUUAACAGUCUCGCCUGUGGCUUUCCCCUUCCCUGGUACGCCCGCAUCGGCGGCGCAAAUACCGUCAAGUCCAUUGAACCCCGCGAGCAGCAUCUCCUUGGCCUGUCAUGCCGUGACGGAUGGGAUCCCGCUCUUAUCGGCGCCUCCGUGACCCACUUGCGCAUUCACAUUACAGGAAACCACCUCGACCCUGAGCAAUUCAAUCGACUCAGGCAGCUGCAAUCAUUAUCGCACCUCGCGAUCGUUUACAGGCGGGGAACGACCGGCGCCGCAGCCGUCGUGUCCGACAUGCGGGGCCUUCUUGAUACCCUGGGCUUGCAACUGCUGCUUAUCCAGAUUGCCGGUUUCGGAAACGCCGCGCAUGAGGAUGAGGUGAAGGAGCUGAAUAGGAUCGCGAUGUCUACGGAAGGGGAUGUAAGGUUAGUGGCUGAGAAAGCGCCACUAUCAACCGUGCGGCAGUGGGAGAGUGCUACGAGGGGUGGCUCAGGCAUAUGGGAUCAUGCCGAGGAGGAGGUCUAUAGGAGGCGAAGAGCCAUGGCCGAUAGGGCUUAA